AUGGACGAAGAAGAAGACGACUUUUAUGACCCCGUCGACUCGGUGUCGACCACUCAAGUUGCGAACGAUGGCGCCAAUGCAGCCUCAGACCAACCGCAGGAGAGCGACGAGAUGGAAGAAGAAGAGGUCGAGGUUGAAUCAGACGACGACGAUUUCAAUAUUAUCACAGAAGCACCUGCUGAUGCGCCUCCUCAAGAAGCCUCCCACCCGCGCCAUGCAAGCUUACGACAAGAGCCACAACGGCCUUCCUCAGCCGACUCAUCUGCCGUCUCGAAAUCCGGCACUCCUUCUGCAACACCUCGUCUAGAUGCCUCGACUCCUGUGACCGCACCCGCCGCGGCAGCCACAAAGCCUACUGCGCCCCAGAAGCCUGGCUCUGCGUAUCCAGCAAUCCACACCUCUACAAUUGAUGUGAAUGGGAACCCUGUGCACCCUACAACAGGGAAGCCGAUCAUGGCUACCGAUAUGGACGUCGACUUUCCCACAGACGACAAGCCUUGGCGCCGUCCGGGCUCCGAUGUUUCAGACUUCUUUAAUUACGGCUUUGACGAAUUCACCUGGGUUAGCUACUGCCUGAAACAACAAGGGACGCGGAAGGACGUUGUGGACCAGAAGAGGCAGAUGGAUGACAUGCAGUCCUUCUUGGGAAUGGGCAUGCCCCCAAUGCCCGGCGCACCCCAGGACCAGCUCCAGCGGCCAACGCCCCGCAGGCCAUGCCCGGGUAUGCUGCAGGCCAUGAUGGCCCAGGGAAUAGACCCUUCGUCUAUGGACCCCAUGGCGUUCAUGCAACAUGCGCAAGCGAUGAUGGGAGGGCAGCCCGGUGGCGGUGCUCCACAAGCACAACCUGGGUUUGGCGGCCAGGCACAAGGACCCGGUUUUGGACAAGGAGGGCAGGGGCAGAUGGGAUACGGAGGCUACGAACAGCGUGGGAAUUAUGGAGGCGGAGGCCGCGGCCGCGGGAGGAGAUGGUAG